UACAGGGAUGCACACUGGGCAGAGACCACCGCAGCCCACCCUUGGCAUUUGCCUGCCAAAGUCUCUUUCCCAGACGCCUCGAUGUCCUACUGUGAGAACGCUAGCCCCCCUUGGUCUGUGCUCCCUUAGGGAAGAAGGGAGACGGAGAGGGAACAGCAGAGGAGACCAGGAGAAAUGUGUUCUGAGGUUACAGCUAAAGAGGAUGGACUCACUACAGAAGCAGGAACUUCGGAGGCCAAAGAUUCACGGGGCGCUCCAGGUGUCCCCCUACCAGCCACCCACACUGGCCUCACUGCAGCGAUUGCUGUGGGUCCGUCGGACCGCCACACUGACCCACAUUAAUGAGGUCUGGCCCAACCUUUUCUUGGGAGAUGCGUAUGCUGCCAGAGACAAGAGUCGUCUAAUCCAGCUGGGCAUUACCCACAUUGUGAAUGUUGCUGCGGGCAAGUUUCAAGUGGACACAGGUGCCAAGUUUUACCGUGGAACACCUCUGGAGUACUACGGCAUCGAGGCCGACGAUAACCCCUUCUUUGACCUCAGUGUCUACUUUCUGCCCGUCGCUCGUUAUAUCAGAGAUGCCCUCAAUAUUCCCCGAAGCCGAGUGCUGGUUCACUGCGCCAUGGGGGUCAGCCGUUCUGCCACAAUCGUCUUGGCCUUCCUCAUGAUCUUCGAGAACAUGACGCUGGUAGACGCCAUACAGACGGUGCAGGCCCACCGAGACAUCUGUCCCAACUCAGGGUUCCUCCGACAGCUCCAGGUUCUGGACAACAGGCUGAGGCGGGAAACAGGGAGACUCUGAAUUAAGGAGCACCUGAAGCCCUGACCCCUCCAUCCAGCGUGGCCUAACCUGACCUACCUGGCCCUGGGAAUGGUAGCCUCUGCUGUUUCCAGAGAUCCUGAGAUGGCACCAGCAAGUCAGGGCUCCACGGAGGCAGAGGCAGGGUGGGCUGGGUGGCACCCCGCAGCAGGUGGAGUCCCCUGACACAGUACAGAAAUUCUUUAUGCAGAAGAAAUUUCAGACUGUCUCUAUAAUAAAAGGUUCAUCAUAAUAAA